AACAACAAGCGAGGCUUUGAAACGCACUCGUCUGCAGUUGCAUUUCUACACGUGUGUUUGUGUGUGUGUCUCUGUGUCUGGGCAACAGAUUAUGCAUCUGAUCUGACGUACUGCCGUGUGCAUUAUUAUUUCGAUUUCGAAGCAGGCACAAAGUCAGCUGCAAUAACAAAAUUUGUUUCAACUGCAACGAUGACUGUUGCCGCGGUGCUCUUCUCGAUUACCAUUCCCACAAAGGCGGAAGAGGAGCGUCUCAGAGAUGCCCACUCCCAAGGACCGAAAAGGGAUGCACAUACAGCUACCGCAGGGGCCACAUCCUCCGUCUCGACCGUGGAGACCUUGUCCACCAUUCCCAUCAGCGACUCGCGGAAUGAGACGCCGAGACAAAUGGACAGCUUUUACAAGAGACGCAGCGACGUCUUGCCCACCAUUCAAAUCGAGACGGUAAAUGCGGGGUCCGCCGAUCAGCUGCUGGACAUGCCACUGGACACCGCCCAGGAGCACGUGCUGCAGCAGAUUCUUCGCAAAUUUCACAUCAGCCAUGCCGUGUGGCUGAGCAGCAUCGAGGGCACCCGAUAUCACGUCAGCUUUUCGAUGGAUUUCGAUGAGCAGUUUGAGAAUCUUUACGAGGCGCUACAGGAGUGGGGCAUAGGCGAUCGUGAGGGCUCCACGGUGUCUGUGGUCAGCUGUCUGGCCAACAGAUCUUAUGUGCAGCGCGAGCAGCUCGAGGAGGCGGACUCCACCACGAGCAGCGGCGAAAACAUAAAUGCCCAGAAGACUGGUGCCUGGAAUCGUUUUAUGAACUCUGUGCGGUCUCGCCUGAAUGUGGCCCAGAUACUGCGAGACGUUCGUCAGGAUGCGGCGAUAACCUUCGACUUUUGCGUACUUCUCGUUUCGGCAGCAAUUCUGGCCAGCUUCGGCUUGGUGGAGAACAGCACCAUCUUUCUGGCUUCCAGCAUGCUGAUUUCGCCGCUUAUGGGUCCCAUUAUUGCCGCUAUCUUUGGCACGGUAAUCGAGGAUCGUUCGCUGCGUCGCCUGGGCAUGCUGAACGAACUGAUUGGCAUAUUGAUAGCCACACUUGUGGGCUUCCUCUUUGGCCUGGUCGUCUGCACCACGGACAAGAAGUACGGCAUUGGGGAAGGUCUCACCGAGGAGAUGCUGUCGCGCUGUGACCUGCACUCGCUGAUCGUCGGCGUCUUCACAGCGAUUCCAUCUGGAGCAGCGGCAGCCAUUGCCAUACUCGGCGGGAAUAUUGGCUCCCUGGUGGGCGUGGCCAUAUCUGCCUCGCUGCUGCCACCUGCCGUGAACUCUGGUCUACUGUGGGCCCUGGCCUGCAUUUACAAGUUCUUUGAGAACGACGACUCGCUCUAUGUGGACGUGAUAAAGUCAAGGAAGUACUCGGAGAACCAAGCGAAGGAGCUGGCUGUGCUGGGCAGCAUCAGCAUGUGCCUGACCCUCUCCAACGUUCUGUGCGUUUACUCGGUGGGUAUUUUGGUGCUGAAGGUAAAGGAGAUAGCGCCGGUCAUAGGACGCAAGAACAGGCAAUUCUGGAAGCACGACAUCAAGCUGGCGCGUCAGUGCAAGGUGGAAACGGAUGCUGAAAUAAUAGACGAGCUGCUGGCCAACCUGGCCACGGAGGACAAGCAAGCGAUGGGCCUCAACAGGGACAUCCUGCGUCACCUCGAUGAAACACGUUACCAGCACACAUGGUCGCCGCUCAGCAAUCGUCACAGCUCUAUUCAUCCCCCUGGCUUCUCCACCAUCCAUCGGCUGGAGCAGCUAUACACGAAUCGAAUGGGGAAUCCUCCCGCAGAGCGUCGCCAGCGCCACAGCGUCACAAGCCGGCCAUCGCAGAGAAGCAACGAAAACAGCCACCAUCUGAGCCCACCACAGCCCCGUCCUCGCUUUGCCAGUAUGCCCUCGAGCGUGAGGAAGAACGAGCUGCCAGAAGAGACCAUCAUCCAGGUGGCCAGCUCCAAGCGCUUUACAGUCACGCCUGCCCGAGAGGAGCGCUGAGAAUUUAUAGUUUUUUUUUUGUGUUAAAUGUCUACGUGUAAUGAUGAAUCUUUGUGCAACAAUUUCCAAUAACAAUUAAAAGUCCA